AUGUCUGAACAAUAAGUAUAAACAUUUAUAUAAUUAGAUUAUAUUCAAUGAAUAAGGUAAUCCAAGUCAAAAUUAAAAAAAAAUUAUGGAAAAAUAUAAAGGAUAAUAUAAAGUAAGUACUUAAUUUUUAAUUAAAUAGUUUUGAUUAAAUAAGGAUGACUAUGUAUAUGAAAAAUUGAGAAGUGCAAAUUUAUUAAUAUUUGAAGGCUAUAGAACUUCUUAUAUAGAAAAAGGUAAGUUAUUAAAAUUUAGAAUAAGAAAUUAAAUGUCUUGAGGAAGCCUAUAUUCAGUAGGGAGUAAUAAAUCAAGAAGUAAUCAAUUAAAUUAUUAAUUGAAAAGAUUGUGAUUGUAAUUAAUGGAGAUUAACAAGAAACUAUAAAAAAUAAAACAUCUACUCCAUAAUUGUAAGGAGUCAUUGAAAAGGAAGAAUCUGAAAUGAACAACACAGGAGGAUUAGAUUUUGUGUAUCCAAAUGGUGCCACCUUGAUUGUUAAAGAUAAAGCAUUCUCAAUUCUUUCUACAGGACCUAUGUCUUAUCUACGUGAGAGAUCGAUCAUGGCUUCAGAAAAAUGCAAGUUGGUUGUUAUAGAAUCUACAGAUAUCUUUAAUGAUGACUACUUUGAAAAGAUGAUAAUCAAAACAUUUUAGAUUUUUUGCUUAAUUUUAUUUUUGUUAAGAAGUCGAAUUUGAUAAAAAGGGCCCCUUCAUUGAAACAGAAAUUAAGAAUGUUCCGGAUAUAACAGAAUUGUCAGAAAAACUUAAGAGUUGCUUACAAGAAAGCGAUGUAUUAACUACAGAUAUAACAACCUUAUUUCAUUCUACUUUUUUUAAAUUUGAUCUUG